UGGAAAGCGCUCUGAUUGGGGUCUCCAUAGUUCUGUUGUGGGACUUUAAUCCCCACUUGGGCAAUGACGGAGACAUUAGGAGAAAAGUGAUCGAGAGGAACGGCCUGCCUGAUCUGAACCCAACCGGUGCUUUGUUGUUGAACUUCUUUGCUGAAAUGAGCACCAGUUUCCUCUCAUCCAGGGUGGCUGGGCGAGAUAAAGGCUCAGUCAUCCAGAGGGAGCUCUGAGUAGACCCACUGUUUCUUCGCAUUGAUAAAUAUCAGCUGAGAUGGUUUGGGCAUAUGAUAAGGAUUCCUCCUGGUCGCCUCCCCUUGGAGGUGUUUUGGGCGCAGCCAGUUGGAAGUAGACCAGGAGGUACCCCAGGUUUUGCUGGAGGGAUUGCAUAUCCCAUCUGGCUUUGGAGUGUCUUCAAAGUCAAAAUUAUGACUCAUAUGAACAUUCAACAACAGGCAACAGUUGAAUUUAGUAAUUAUUUAAGUGUGUGCUGAGGUCAUGUCAGGUUUGUUUGGACAGUCUGCUUAGUGCAUACAAGCAACAUACAAAAAUGUCAGCCCAGUAAAGUGUAUUUCCACAUCAGUGACAUUUAUUUAUUCCAUAUUCGAUUACUGCAUUUAAGAUUUUAAAAAGGUGUUGUGGUUAAUGCUAAAAAUGUGUCUUCGUCAAUCUCACCGAUCUGGAAAAACCCACAUUUACAACACUUCUUCAUGCAGACAGACCUAAGGUAACCCAGAAGAGCACACACAAUGUAAUACCGGCAGGAAGUCAGACAUUAAGCAGGCUUGACCACAAAAUAGAAUGACAGCGAGCAACAAGCUGAAAAACCAGCAGAGCGCUCCACUUUAAGGUAAGAAGUUCAUGAUUCUUUUGUUUCCUGAUUUAUUGUACCUUUUAUCUGCCCGGUUCAAGUUUCGUAUUCAGUAGGAAAAAAAAUCUACAAUUAUUGUUAAUGAAUGAAUCUGCUUUUUUGUCAUACAAUGUUAGAGUCUGGUUUUAUUCGAUGCAACUAUACUCAGUGAGGUGGGUAAACACAUUGUAUAGGGGGAUAGUAAUAAUUAGUAAUUUAUAUGUAUAUAUUGUUAUGAGGAGUAAGGACAUGUGUUAAAAUUAAGUAUUUAAUUCUUACAUUUUUCCACUGUGGUGGUUUUUAAACAGAGAUAUUUUUAAACCUAGAAGUGGUCAGGCAAACUAGAGUCCCUCUCAAAAAAAGAGGUGGUUAACUAUCAAAACCAGCUUCCUUUCUCACUUGUGGUAUUGCUCACAAUACAAAGAGAAGGGUGAGAGAGACUGGCUCUCAGUCUGGUCUAAACUUCCUGCUGGCAAGUUAUCAGCACAUUUGUCUCUACUUUAUUUCUUUUUAGGCAACACAAUGCUGAUGAACCAUACCAACCAAACAGAGGAUGAUCCCUUCUCCUGCUACAGUCCUUCAGUUGUGGGCUACCGAUACUUUGCUGUGCUGUGGGGAUGUGCUGUGACCAUCACCGGUACGUUUGGGAACCUGAUGACUAUUCUGGCCUUUGUGUUGGACUCCCGUCUGAGAACUCGCUUUAAUGUGCUCAUCAUAAACCUGGCUGUGGCUGACUUGCUGUACUGCACCAUACUUCAACCUAUUUCAGUUGACUCUUAUCUACACCUCAGAUGGCGCAGUGGUCCGCUCUGGUGCAGAAUAUUUGGGCUGCUCCUCUUCCUCUCCAACUCUGUUUCCAUUAUCACCCUGUGUCUGAUAGCAUUAAGUCGAUAUCUGCUGGUGGCAAAAAGGGCAAUUUUUGACCGGCUCUCCUCCAACCUUGGGCUAAGUUUACUCCUACUGUCAGCAUGGGGACUUGGUCUGGCCAGCUUUGGCCCUCUGUGGUCUGUUUAUGUGUUUGUGCCACAGGUGUGUACAUGCAGUUUUCAUCGGACCAGGGGUCGCCCUUACACCACCAUCCUGCUUUUUUUCUACUUCAUUUUUGGACUGGGCUUUGUUGGUGUAUUUUAUCUCCUCAUUUACAGACGUGUCAGGAUUGCAUCCAAGGCUCUGCUACGCUACAGAUUCAGCCGCCGUUCAUCCAGAAAGAAACCAGCAUCUUCUUUACAAGGGACUGAUGACAGUAGAGUAGAGAGCGGUACAGUAAACACAUGUAGCACUGAAUUGAGCAGCCAGACAGAACAAGCUGAAACCAAGGAUGAGAUCACCUGUAGAAAGACUUUCACGAAGGCCUCAGAAUCAGCAGCAGCCAAACAUUGUACCUCUAACACUGUCUCUGCCACACCUGCUCCACCAACUACAGCAUCAUCCUCCAACCCAGCAUCUUCGGGGGAUGACGGGGAAUUUAAACGUGUGACACAUAUGUGCUUUACUGUUUUUCUGUGUUUUGUGCUCUGCUUUGUUCCCUUUCUUUUGCUCAACAUAGCUGACAAACAUAACCGCGCACCACAGGUACUACACAUGUUCUGUGCAAACCUUACCUGGCUUAAUAGCUGUAUCAAUCCUAUACUUUAUGCAGUCAUGAAUAGACAGUUUCGACAGGCCUAUCACAUGUUACUCACCAGGGCUUCUGCACCAUUCAUGUACCUCUGCGUGAAGAAGCCUUGAAAUCUGCAACUUAAACUCCUCCAAUGAUCUUUCAUGUAAGAUCAGUAUUUUUUUUAUCUUUUUUUUUUUUAAAACAGUGAUAGUGCAGCUUAUAUUUGAGCCACUGUAAACUCUUAUAUCUCCACCACAGAACAGUGAAGUCGAAAACAUCUGUUGCAUAAACCAUGUUUCAAACUCUGCAUUUCCUUUCCAAAAUCAGUUUGUUGUUCCCUUAAAAAAGGGGAAAUAUUUGUAAAAGAGAUUUUUAACCUCAGUGAGACAUCCUAGUGGAAUAAAGAUACGAUCUAUUUAAAAAUGACUGUUUAAUGUAUAUAAGAUUCCUUUUAUGUUUCAUUCACAGUUUUUUUGUGUUGAUACAUAAUCUGUAUUUGCGUGCAUUAUUUGAGCAACAAUUUGAUUUUACAUCACAAACACUUGUACUCCUUUGGAUGCGUCUUUUAAGAAAAAGAGGAACAACCAAUGUAAUAAAUGAUCACAGGAAAUUCCCAUCUCACACAAGAUAUCACAUUGAAGUGUUAACUUGAUUUUGAUAAAAAAUCAGAGAAUCCAUCAUGUCAUGUCACCAUUUUCACUUCCAAAAUAACAGCAACUUCAACUCAACUUACAAGAGCACUUAAAAUUACAAAAUAAUACCUAACUUCAUAUUAAGUUACAUUGUUGGAUUUUAAUUUAAAAGUAAAAAAAGUUUAAAACUUUGAGUUUGACUUGUCAAAGUGACCCCUAGGUUGAUCAAAAGCUAGGUUGAGUCAGCACUGCCGAAAUAGCUGAAGCUUAACAGGCUCCAAAACUUUAAAAACCAAUCUGUGAUGCUAUCGAGACACAUAAGGAUGGAGUCUAUGAUCACAAAUCCGAAACUUUGAUCGGAAGUUAUGUUUCAAAGGGACUGAAGCCUCUUUAGAAUAAUUCAAUCUAAAAACAAAUCUAGGAACUAGGAAAUUAUUAUCAAUACCUGGUCCAAUGAUUUCUAUGGCCGAAAAAAGGAGUGUGAUUGCCCCUCUGGCAUUGUAACAAAUAGUAUAAUGGUUUCACAAAUCUGCAAAGUCUGUGGGCUCUUCUGUAUAAUUUGGUCAAAAUCAAAUCAAGGACAUAAAAUUUACUUGUCAGUGGCAAGACCCAAAAUUGUGCAGACCAAACUGAAAUUAUUAUACAAAUUGGUAUUUCACUUGAAUGAGGCAGAUCUUCCUCUAAAAUCCACCAUAUAGUUAAUUAUAACAUAAAUCUAAUAAUAAUGUAUAUCAUCCAAUGUGUAUCGCACAUUUUUAUUUGUAUUUCAGUUUCUGUUUAACAAAUACAUUUUGACAUUUGAGUUUUUGUUAUUUUUUGUGUUUUUAUAAUCUGUAAUGACCUUGGUCCAGAACGCUGACUGUAUGUAAGACAUCACUUCAUUUCCACCCAUUGUGAGCUUUAAAGUAUUUGUACACUUCAUCAAAUAAACUAAAUAUAUAGCAGUUUUUUUCACACGCAAAACAUACAUUCAUAAAGUUCUGACCGUUUAGUACAAACAACAAUGUGAAAAUUUUAAGCUGUCACUCUUUAGAGCUCCAGUUCCCUCCCACUCUCACUUCACCUUUCACUCCUGGAACUUCCUUUCUUUGUAUCGUGCACUGACAGAGUGAAUAAAGGAGCCAAGGUAAGUAAACACAUGCUCAGAGGGGCUGAUCAAACAUGGCAAUGAUCUCUCAUGAUCAUUGAUCAUUUGUUUAUCGUUUCCUUAAAGUAAUAAUCACCAUAUUAAUCAUUUUGCACUGCAGACGCAGUAGUUCUUCUGCCUAAGUGUCUUAGUCUGAUUGCAUUUCCAUGAAGAAAUGAUCAUAAAUGUUCUUCCUUGAGCUGCGUCACCCCGCUGCAGUCCGUAAUGGACUGACCUGAGG